CGACAAACGUUCACAAAACGUUUAGACGUAACAACCAUAGUGUCACUUCUCUUCUUAUUUCAUUAACUACACCAUUCAAAACUUCAAUUUCCCUUCGUUUUUAGUUGUAUAAGUGUUAAGUGUUACCGUUAUUAUGUUAAAAUAAUUCAUAGUGCCGCAUAAUCGUACAUAUUUUCAAGCAAUUACGUAAUGGGAAUUAUGCUAGACAAGUUUAAAGUUUUGCCCUGAAAUUCAACAUGGCCGCUGAUACAGGGAUGGAUACUUGCCCCAGUCCGGAAAUCACGGACUCGAGGAAACGACCGCUCGACGGUGACUCGGAAAAUGGAGACGUAAAGCGAUCACACUUUAGCUCGGUGCAAGACUUGGUGACCGCGUUGCCUCUGGCCAACGGCCAUGGCAAUAUUACGUCUCAUUUCGCCGUGGAGCCGACAUACCACUUCAAGGUGCUGGUGCCGUCCAUGGUGGCCGGCGCCAUCAUCGGGAAAGGUGGCGAGACCAUCGCCCAGCUGCAGAAGGACACUGGCGCCAGGGUCAAGAUGUCCAAAUCCCACGACUUCUAUCCUGUUCAAACGACGUUUGACAUUGUUCACGGAACUACGGAACGAGCAUGCCUGAUCACCGGCUCUGUCGACGGCAUUAUGGUCGUCCUGGACUUUAUCAUGGAUAAAAUCAAGGAGAAGCCUGAGCUCGUCAAGCCAUUCCCAGAGGGUGUCGACACCAAGAUGCCCCAGGAUAGAGACAAGCAGGUGAAGAUCCUGGUGCCUAACUCAACAGCUGGCAUGAUCAUCGGCAAAGGCGGCAACUACAUCAAGCAGAUCAAGGAACAGAGUGGCAGCUACGUGCAGAUCUCGCAAAAAGCUAAGGAGCUGUCGCUGCAAGAGAGGUGCAUCACCGUCGUGGGUGAAAAGGAGAACAACAAGAAGGCCUGCCUGAUGAUCCUGCAGAAGGUGGUGGACGACCCGCAGUCCGGGUCGUGCCCCAACGUGUCGUACGCGGACGUGGCGGGGCCCGUGGCCAACUACAACCCGACGGGCUCGCCCUACGCCGUGCCCACCGCUGAGGUGAAAGAGAACCACGCGCUGGGCGGCGUGGGAGGAGGCGUGGGCGGCGUGCUGGUGAACGGCGCGGGCGUGGGCGGCGUGGCGGGCGGGCUGGGCGCGCUGUCGCUGUCGCUGUCGCUGGCGCCGCCCGGGUCGCAGCCGCCCGCGCCGCUGACGCAGCACACGCUGGACCACAUCAAGGCGGCGCUGCGCCAGGCCGGCUACAGCGAGGCCGGCAUCUCCGAGAUCGGCGCGGCGCUGGCGCUGCUCGUCAAGCACGGCGUGCUGGGCCUGGCGCUGCCGGCCGCGCUGCCCGCGCCGCCGCUGUCGGCCGCCUACUUCCCGCUGCCGGCGCAGGACCCGCCCGCCGUCUUCGGGCCCAUCGGACAGGUGCCGCUCGGCGGCGCGCGCGGCGGCUCCUUAGAGCGUUUCGCGGAGGUUGCAUUCGAGGCGCUUCGCCCCCCAGCCGUGGCGCCUAUCUCGCUGUCGGCCGGCGUGGGCAGCGUUGGAGGCGUGGGUGGCGUGGGAGGCGUGGCCGGCUUCCCCUCUGCCUCGCUGCUGCCGCUGUCCAAGAGCCCCACGCCCGCCGACGCGGGGGCCAAGGACUCCAAGAAUGUCGAGAUCGCAGAGGUCAUCGUCGGGGCUAUACUAGGCCCCGGCGGGCGCAGCCUGGUGGAGAUCCAGCAGAUGUCGGGCGCCAACAUCCAGAUCUCGAAGAAGGGCACGUUCGCGCCGGGCACCCGCAACCGCAUCGUGACCAUCACGGGCACGGCGACGGCCAUCAGCAACGCGCAGUACCUCAUCGAGCAGAAGAUCCAGGAGGAGGAGCUCAAGCGCACGCGCCACAACGCCAUCUCCGGCCUCAUGCAGUAACCGCCCCGACUACACUCUGUACAUUGCUUGUAUUUCGUUCUAGCGUAGUGUCUAGUUCUAGUCAAACACUGUUGGAUCACAGACCCUAAACUAUUGGCGCGAGUUACCUGACUCUAGUUAAGAAGUUUUGUUUUGUUUUAAUCUGACGGAGGAUAUAAUUUAUGCAGCUGCCUGCGCCCGCGGGCCCCGCCGCUCACUUUACGUUCUUAUCGUGAUGACAAGUCAUUAUUUUGUUCUGCCUAGCAGACGUUAUUGUUGUUUAAGAUAUAAUAAUGAAAAUAUUGUGAUAUCUCCUAUCACGGAAAUUCCUAUUCCAUACACAUAUUAUUUUUGUAUAUUAUUCACCACAGCAUACAUGUUUUUUUAUUUACAAAGUUGAGUUCAUUGUAAAUGUUACCAUUGAUAAGUUAUUUUUGUUUAGUUUAUUAGGAUUAGUGAUGUGGUUAAUUAAUGGAUAAUAACCGUACGCGCGACGUCUCGUUAUACGCAACCUGUGGGAGUUUGGGAGCUGAGUCCUACCAAAGUUUUAUUUACUGACAUGCUACCGCAAGCGUCGACUUGUUACGCCCUCUACCGAGCGAGCCGGACCUUAUACUUUGUUUAGCCCGACCACGGCCGUGGCGGGCGCCGGGCAUGUUGCAAUAGUCGCGCGCCGGUAGACGGGACUAACUUGCCGACCACUUGUUCAUUCCUCAUUUCUCUCGGUAAAGAUCUUUAUUUUUUUAUACAUUUAUAAACAAAAUGAAAAUAUCUAAUCGUUUUUAAAUAUUUUUUUUAUUAGGAAUGUUUCAUAGUUAUUGAUUUGUUGUCGGUCUAAAUUUGUCUUACGAUAUAAGUACAAUUUAAUGAAUAAUAAUAAUAAUAGUAAAUGCAUGUCCAGACUAGUAGAUGAAAGUAAUAAGAAAAUAUUUUAAACAUUUUAAAUGCAGAUUUCUAUAUAUCGAGAUGACAAUAUAAAUGAUAUAUUCUUAUUUACAGUUACUAUAUUGAUUGAAUAUUUUAUUUUUGCGCCGUCGUUUAACCAAGACGUUCUUUUAGUGUCUGUUAGUGUCCAGACGCCGGCCCCUGGCUCCAGCGGCCUGCGUGUGGCGGUAGAGUUACAUAAUAUUAUAAACUGUGAUUGUUUUCGUCGACAUUGUCAAGGUACUACGUGUCAGUCUCCACUUAGUGUAGAAGCCGUUCGGUACUUCGUCGGAGGGUAGUUAUAAGUUGUGUUUGUUUACCUCAGAAGUGCCAUCGUUCUAGAUACAGGAUUAGUGAGGUGAGCCUCCUGGCAUGUUGCAUGCUUGACGCGACUACUUGCUGGGCCCACGUCGGGCGCCAACACGGGAAUGCAGAUAGUCUGACAGUACUGGUUGACUCACGAAGGCGGUGACUACAUCAAAUGUGAAUAAACGUAUGAAGUACAAAAGAAAACGUAUUCAUAAUAAAUGAUAUAAUAAUUUGAAAUCGGCUUAAUGAUGAAAGCUAAUGUACGAUUAUAGUGUUUAAGGAAUCGGAAUUGAGAGACAAUUUCUCAGCUAAUAAUUCAUUCACAAUUACGCGAUUAUAAUAAUAAAAAUAUUUUAAAUAAUUAAUAAUUAGGGAAGUGAGCACGUUCUAUUCGCCAUAACCUCGUACUUCCGUGAGAGUGAAAUAAUAGUAAUGUGUCGUUGUAAGCCGUGCGCAUGCGCCGGCCGUGGAUAUUGUUAACUGAUCUAUUACAUAUAUACGUGUGUUAUGUAGUUAACAUUCGCAGUGUAGUGUGGCAUUACCGUAGCUAGUUAAUAUUUAUAUAAUAUUCAAUCUUUAAAGUAUAUACAUAAGUAAAGCUGUUGGAUACAUUUCCGGUGUUUUCGAAUUUUCUCAUCUUAACUAUGUAUAAUGGGGGUAGGUACAGAUAUCGUCUUGUGUCAAUUAAUUAAUAUGUCUGUGCGUUCGCGGUGGCUAUAGCUGGGUACUGAAGGGUGACAAUGUCUUCGCGAGACGUUGCUGGCGGGGAAGAUGAAGUGACGCGUGGGGGUAGGGGGGGGGGGGGUAGGCAGUGACCGCGAGCACACAGACGACGGUCGUGUCGGCCGCGGCCAGAACGCGAAUCGCCUGUCACGUCGAUUUAACAAGCUCAAUUUUACGCAACUAAAUCUUGAUUAGUCGGUACGUAUAAGUCAAAUGCGUCAAUUAAAAGAAGUGUAUGGUUUCCAAAAGAAUUAAUAUCAUUUCACGGUUCGGGCGAGCUCUGGGGGUAGACAUAGUUUCCGUCUCGUUUCUUCACUCUCUCUUUUUCUCUUUCUUAGUGACUGUGUUGUUAGAGGGCGCGGCGGACACUCGGCUCGCGGCCAGCGGUACGGUAGGCUGGGCCUCUCUAGUCCUCGCUCGCUGUACGACACGGGCCGACGCCGCGCCGACACUUGAUAGUUAACAAUGGAACUCUAGUUAGUUAUAAUUAACAUAUUUAAAUCAAUAUAAUUAGAUAAUUUUAAAAUUACUGGGAAAAUGUUAAUGUUGUUAUACUGAAGUUGUUACAAUAUUUGAGAGUAUAUUAACGUGAAUACAAAAUAUUUUAAGUGCGGUAAUCAUUAUCCGGGUAAAUAAUCGCGUGGCAAGAUAAUAAGCAGUAGAUGAUCGUUGAUCGCCCCGACCCUGCACAGGCAGCGCGCCACUCCCGCACCCUCACUGUAAUGCUGUUACCAUUAAGGAAUUUCAAUGUUGUAGGAUAAGGUAGCUAGUUGUCAUUCUUCAUAAUACGGAACUACCGCAGAGGUUUCCCUCGGCACUCCGAGCCGGCACGUGGCGACACUCUGGCCGCGCGUCUCCUCGCAUCCUCCCAUUUUAAUUUUAAUAGCUAAAUGUUGUUGAAUUUGUUGAUAGAGUGGUUUAUUGUAAUUACUAUAGGUAGUCUAGUGGGUAUACACGCGAAGGUGGCAGCCGUUGGGUGCGCUAGGAUAGACUAAGGUUCGAUACUGUGUUUAGGAAAAUGGCUGUGCGUUCAAGUCGAACUCAACAUUAAGACAUCACCAUAACGCUUGUUUCUGAUGGGCGCGAAUCGCACACGACGCUCGCGCGCUCGUCGCUGUACUCGCGGAGCUCGGCAACACUCGGCUGUACUCGGCAACACUCGGCAGUACUCGGCAACACUCGGCAGUACUCGGCCGUACUCAGAGCGCGCUCCACUCACUAUCUGUAUAUAAUUGCAUAACAUUUUUCAUUUACGUUACUCUCCUUGCUCAUUGUCAUCAAUUUAUUAAAGACUGAGGAAUCAACUCGCGCAUAUUGACAUCGUCACGAACGCGUCCCAAACGGUAGGGAUUUAAUUGUAAUAUAUAAUUGUUUAUUAAUCAUUAAAAUAAAAUUUCGCUGUGUUUCAUGUGGGCUAGUCCGCCAGGGCGUAGUCGUGUGCGAUUCUCGCAGUACACUCGCGGUGUUUAACGUUUUCAUUGUUACACGUCAGUUUUAUUGUUAACGCCCAAGUUAAAGAUUCCGUGAGUCGGCCGCCGCUGCGAGUGUACGGAGGGAGCGGGCUGCCUCGGCCUCGGCCGCGCGCCCGCCGCGUACGUUCCGGCCUCUCGGCCUCUCGGCCCCUCGGCCCCUCGGCCUCUCGAGCGCCGAUCAGUCGUUGUCUCAUCAACCUUUACACAUGUUGAGAUUGAUAUGUUAUACUAAUUCUAUUGAAUUAUAACUUGUUGCGUAUUAUAAGUAUGUAUAGAGCGAGCUCCGGCUCCGUACGUUAUGUGUAAAAUGUCAUACGUUGAUAACAUUUGUUGCUGUACAGUUCAGUGAUGGAAUUUUUAUUUUUUAUUAUUAAUAUUUUUGUUAACUUGGUUUACGAUAAACGGGUCUGCAAUGUUAUGUAACGAGAAUAUAAUUUUUAAUUAAGUUUGAAUUUAAAAACAAUGUUGAAUAAUAAAUAUGUUUUGAAUUAAAAAUUCACUAUAUUUUAGUCAAUGUUUAUUAUUGUUUAGUUAGUUGUACUCUCAGAUUGAUUUUCUAAUGAAGUGUUAUUUUGCAAUGUUGUAAAUGAUAAGAGGUAAAAUGGAAGGAUACAAUGUCUUAGUGUUUAAAAGCUCGAAACCAAUUGAAAGGUACCUUGAACAUUGUCUAUAUUAUAUUAACAUUAAUAAAUGCAAAAAUUUAAUAAUGUCGUUU